AACUUCCUCCAUUUCUCCCUCCCUUUCUCGCCUCUCUCUCUCUCUCUCUCUCUCUCUCUCUCUCUAUCUUAAACGCAGCAGGAAACCGUCUGUAAACAACUCUCCAGCUUCGAGUUCGUCCAUCUGCUGCAUCCUCUCUCUCAGGCGCCAUCAUUCAACAAUGUCGACCGAAAAGGAGAGAGAGGCUCACGUUUACACGGCCAAGCUCGCCGAACAAGCCGAGCGCUAUGAAGAAAUGGUUGAGAGUAUGAAGAACGUUGCAAAACUUGAUGUGGAGCUGACUGUGGAGGAAAGAAACCUGCUUUCUGUGGGGUACAAGAACGUUAUAGGUGCCAGGAGAGCAUCAUGGCGCAUUAUGUCUUCAAUUGAGCAGAAGGAAGAGUCUAAGGGAAAUGAUCACAAUGUAAAGAUCAUCAAGAGUUAUCGCCAGAAGGUUGAGGAGGAGCUUUCAAAGAUUUGCAAUGACAUUCUGACUAUAAUUGACAAGCACCUCAUCCCCUCUUCCAAGUCAGUAGAAGCGACUGUUUUUUACUACAAGAUGAAAGGGGACUACUACCGGUACAUUGCUGAGUUCAAGUUUGACCAGGAAAAGAAAGAAGCAGCUGAACAGUCAUUGAAGGGCUAUGAGGCUGCUUCUGCCUCUGCAAAUACAGAUCUCCCUUCAACACACCCAAUUCGCCUCGGCCUUGCUCUCAACUUUUCCGUCUUCUACUAUGAAAUAAUGAAUUCUCCAGAGAGAGCAUGCCAUUUGGCUAAACAAGCUUUUGAUGAAGCAAUUGCGGAGUUGGAUACGUUGAGUGAGGAUUCGUACAAAGACAGCACCUUGAUUAUGCAGCUUUUGAGAGAUAAUCUCACACUUUGGACCUCUGAUUUGCCUGAAGAUGGAGGAGAUGAGGACAACAUCAAAGCUGAAGAACCAAAAGCAGCAGAGCCAGAGCACUGAUGAGGUACCCAGGAGCAAUACAUUGCAAGAAUAUGCAAAAGUCUACUUUUUGCCGCAAUGGAGUCGAUUUUUUGAGGCCAUUUAUAGCCAGAAUAUGAUGAGAAUUUUGUUGAUCUUCGUAUUUUUGUUCCGAAUCUAUUUUUAUAUGUUGAACAUUUGCUACCAAUUCUGUUGCUGCAUGUUCUCUGUAGAAUUCUUAUCAUCAUUCACCGGUACAUGGAGUAUUUCCAAUUCA